AUGUUCAACGCAAGAUUGCCACUCUUACUCAGAACAUCGGGCCCCCGGACCCAACUCAGACUCUUCUCCCGCAACACAAGGGCCCUCAAUCAACAACAACCGCCAGCUCCUUCACAAUCAUCCGCGCCACGAAUCAUUAACCGUGUCGGCAAGUUCGCAUGGAAGUUCACCCUGUACGGCAUCCUGGCUGGAACGACAUACACCGUCUACUCCCUCUACAGAGAGACAAACCCAUACAACCAACUCCCACAAUCCACCACCUUCCCCAACGGGUCCAAGAGGAAAACAAUAGUCAUCCUCGGAUCAGGCUGGGGCUCCAUCUCCCUUUUGAAAACAUUGGAUACCUCGCUGUAUAACGUCGUUGUCGUGUCGCCAAGAAACUAUUUCCUUUUCACCCCAUUGUUACCCUCCACACCAAUGAGAACUAUUGAAUUGAAAUCCAUCACGGAACCAGUGAGAGCCAUCAUGAGACAGAGAAAGGGCGAAGUCACUUAUUAUGAAGCAACGGCAAAUGAUAUUGACAUUAAAAAUAAGAAAUUGACGUUGCAAACAACAUGUCAUGACGAUAACGAAAAUAUGCAAAGAGAAUUGCAAUUGGACUACGAUUAUUUGGUUGUCGGAAUCGGCGCGCAAUCUACAACUUUCAACAUCCCAGGUGUCUACGAAAAUGCAAAUUUCUUAAAGGAAAUUUCAGAUUCUGAAAAGAUUAGAUUAAAAGUCUUGAAAAACAUUGAAACGGCUUCAUUCUUGAAAAAGGAUGAUCCAGAGAGACAAAGAUUAUUGAAUUUCGUCGUCGUGGGAGGUGGCCCCACUGGUGUGGAAUUCGCAGCAGAAUUGAACGAUUACGUUUCACAAGAUUUGAAAAAAUGGUUGCCUGAUAUUAGUAAAGAUAUUAAAGUCACCCUAGUGGAAGCAUUACCAAAUAUUUUAAACAUGUUUGAAAAAUCUUUAAUCGAUUAUACACAAACAUUCCUACAAAAGGAAAAUAUAGACUUGAAAUUGAAAACAAUGGUCCAAUCAGUGGAUGAAAAUAUCGUCACAGCAAAGAUGGAUGGUAAAGAAGUGGAAAUCCCAUAUGGUGUAUUGGUUUGGGCUACAGGUAAUGCACCAACACAAUUGGCUAAAAAGAUGAUGAAUGAUUUAAAGGAGGAGCAAACUUCUCCCAGAGGACUUUUGAUUAAUGAUAGAUUACAAAUGCUUGGUGCGGAAGACUCCGUCUUUGCCAUUGGUGAUUGUACUUUCCAUCCAGGUUUGUUCCCCACCGCACAAGUGGCUCAUCAAGAAGGUGGAUACUUGGCUGAACAAUUUAAAUUACUUCACCAACUUGAUCAAUGUAAAUGGGAAAUGAAUACCGCCAACACGGACAAUACAAAGGAAUUGAACAAAUUGGAAAAUAAAUUGAACGAACCAUUCAAAUACAUUCAUAGAGGUACAUUAUCAUACAUUGGUGCAGAAAGAGCCAUCGUCGAACUAACCAUCGGUGAUAACAAAUUUAAAAUGCAUGGACCAUUCGCAUUUUGGUUUUGGAAAACUGUUUAUUUGAGCAUGUGUCUAUCAUUCAAGAAUAGAGCAUUGGUCGCAUUUGACUGGUGUAAGACUUAUUUCUUCGGUCGUGACUCCUCCGUCUAA